UACCGAUCGAUUAUUUAUUUCGCUUAUCGACGCAGUGCAAUUUGUGAAAUGGCUUUACUAGCGUACGGUGUGGUGAUGUGUGCUAUCCUGGUGACCGUUUCCGGUUCGUUCAGUGAACAUUCGAAAAAAGCGUGUGAGAACAGGUACAGUGUGACAUGUUUGAAGCUGGACAUUGUUUCGUUUCUGGAACGGAUAUCAGAUCAGAACGAAUACAACAUAGUGUCGGGUGUGAGUGUGGUGAAGGACGCGGAUAAAAAUAUAACCAAAACUUCGGAGAUUAUCGCGGAAGUGUCCAGAAUAUUCCCCACGGACCCCAACAAAAGACUGGAUGAAUUCUUGAUAAUGAGAUUGAACGAUUACCUCAGAAGCCACUCGUUGAGACUCAAGUUGAUGGAUAAAGAAACCGUUGCGAACGCACGUGCCCUUUUCGAAAGUCGCAAGAAACACAACAAGAAAGGACAUUUCCACUCGAUGAUGGCCGCUGCCAUGAUGAUGAAAGGAACACUAACCACGAUUGCCAUCGGAUCGAUAGCACUAAUCGCCGGGAAAGCACUCAUGGUGGGCCUGCUGGCGAUGACAAUCGCAUCGGUAGUCGGAAUCAAAUCGAUGCACGAUGCAGGAAAGAAAUCAGCAACGUACGAAAUUGUGGCGAAACCCGUCCAUGCAUACCCCGAGCAGGAAGAUCUCAGCCGUAUACCCACCGGAUACAGCGCGGGCUGGGGACGAUCACAAACACCGGAGACAUACAGUCACACCGAAAACUCGCACUGAAACCCACC